CUGUUGCCCCGGGCGCCUGGAGGAGACCAAGCUGUCGGAGCGGGGAAGACCCCGGGAAACGUGACGUCAGCACACGGAGCCCCCCACCACCAACACCGUCCCAGUGCGCUCUGUGAGUCUGGAGUCCACACAAAGUCGGCCGAUGUGGAGCAGAGAGUGUAAACCGGCUCAAGACACAAGAACAUGGUGUCAUUCGUGAACGGCGACGGUGGCUCCGAGGCACUUUACAAACGGAGGCGAACGAGCAGCGCCUCUCCGCCGACACAAGCGCGCACACCGGUCCAGCAGCAGCAGCAGCAGCAGACAACCAGGCACAGAAAACAGAAACUCAUGUCCAGGCUGAGCGACUCCGGUUUCGAGGAGGAUUUAUGGUCCCCGGUUGCAUCCCCGCCGGUUCGGACAGCUGUACCCCCGCCACGUACGAGCGAGAAGGAUGAAGCUGCUGUGGGAGAAUUGGCACACUGGUAUUGCCAUUAUGGAGAUAUCGGUUACAGGAUUCAGAAGGAAAAAGAAGCGCAGUUUCAUCCCUGCACAUGCUUGGCACGGCAGCCACAGGUGACCGCAGAGGCAAGGUGCAAGCUGGUCAGCUGGCUCAUCGCUGUACACAAACAUUUCCGCCUGUCCUUUGAGUGCUGCUGCCUGGCAGUGAAUAUCAUGGACAGGUUCCUGGCAUCCACACCAGUAGCGACUGACUGCUUCCAGCUUCUGGGUGUAACUGCACUCCUUCUAGCUUGUAAACAGGUGGAGGUGUUUUCACCACAGAUCAGCCAGCUCCUGUCUUUGUGCUGUGAUUCUUUCACCAAGGAGCAGCUGUGUAACCUUGAGUGUCUCAUCCUUCUCCGUCUCAAUUUCCGCCUUGCUGCCCCCACCCUUGCCUUCUUUCUGGACUACUACACCAACUGCAUGGAGGCCGCCCAGCUUGUAGCCAGUAGUGCAGGUGGUGACAGGUCAGCGAGGGGGAAUCCAGACACCCAAAGGCCCACACAGUGCAGCAAUCUUGCACGAAGGGUGUGUGAGUUGAGUUUAGCAGACUAUACCUUUAAUAAAUAUCCACCGUCGCUGACUGCUGGCUGCGCACUGAGGAUCGCCAGUGAGUUACUGAAGCCUGAGGAGCCAGCUGACCUGUCUGAAACACAUGCACCUAGUGUCAUCAACUCACAAGAGGACCAUUGCGACACUUUUAUAAUUGAACUGUUUGAUAAAAGCCAGUCAUUAACAGACAGUGCCUCUGCCCAAUCACUUGAAAGUCUUCAGCCAUCAGAGAAGGGCUCUGCGGCUCACGUCCGGUUGGUGGUUCAGGACAGCCACAGCUGCAGUCUGGCACAGGAAUGCAUAGAGAACCUGAAGUUGCUGGUGUCACUUAAUGAAGAGACAUUGCAAGAAAUGCAGACCACGUGAUCACCAGGUGUGCUAUUACCUGACUCUGAUGUAUGCAAAAUUAGACUCAAGUUUUUAAAUGGCAGAUUCCUCUUUAUUAUUAGUGUUAAAGUCUGUUAUUUUAACAAGCAGAAAAGUGUUGACAGAUAUCUCAUGUGCUUUUGUUUUAGGAGUGUGGUAUUCUUGAGAACGGUUUGACAGAGUCCUAUAUUCACAGAGCAUUAUGUAUACCUCAGACAGUCAAAAGUCAGUCAGAAUACUGAAUGUUUUGCAUUUUUGCAUUAUUGUUUUCUAUUUAUUAAGAGUGUUUUAUUGUUUAUCAGUGAAGCAUCUGUUUGAAUCUUAAUCAAUGAAUAUUUGAAACCCAAUUAUGUUGAUUUAUGACUGUAUUAUUAUUGUAUGCAAUGACUUGAAGCUCCUUGAAAA